AUGCUUCCUCAACGUUUUGGGGUUUCCAAUUCACCAUUACCAGCAAAAUCGCGCGUUAUUGACGCUGAAAAGAUAAAAGUCUGUCUAAUGUGUGGUGAUAAAGGAGAUACAAAGCGCCUGGUAUACUGUAUUGAGUGUAAAGCAUGUGCCCAACAUAGUUAUUGUAUAGAGAAGAUCCACCGGGAUGAUUAUGGGAAAAUAGUCUGGAGAUGCAUGGACUGUGCUCCAAGUAGCCCAAAAUGCAAACAUGAAUCGUCAAGAAAAAGCGAACGAAUAAGUCAUGCAACUGAAGCUAAAUAUAAAAGGAUCGUAAUGAAAAAGAAGAGUGGCGCAGUUAGAAAACCAUCACUUGUCAGAUCAGAUGAUGGUGAAAGUGUUGGAUGCCAUGCUAAAAAUGACGCCGAGAAGAAUUUGCCAAUCCUUAAGAAUGAAGAUGUUCUAUGUACUCAGCCGGAAUCACACAAAGCCAAAGAUCCUUUGAGUAUGUCAUCUGUCAGAUCAAAAGAAGGUCAGAGUGUUGGAUGCCUAGCUAAAAAUGAUGUUGAGAAGAUAUUGCCAGUCCUUAAGAAUGAAGAUGUUCUUUAUAGUCAGCCUGAAUCACUCAAAGCCAAAGAUCCUUCGAAUAUGUCAUCUGAGUAUAAAAGGAUCAUAAUGAAAAAGAAGAGUGACUCAGAUAGAAAACAAUCACUUGUCAGAUCAAAUGAAGGUGAAAGGGUUGGAUGCCUUGCUAAAAAUGAUGCCGAUAAGAUUUUGCCAGUCCUUAAGAAUGACGAUGUUCUUUGUAAUCAGCCUGAAUCACCUAAAGCCAAAGAUCCUUCGAAUAUUUCAUGUGACAAAGAAGCAAUGAAGUCUGAGAUAUAUGCGGAGCCUGAAGCCAUAAAUAUAAAGCCUCAGUUCUUGCAUUAUCCAGAGUUUGACAAAUAUAGCCGUGCUCAGCCACUUAGUGAUCCAAUUUGGUGGGGGCAAUUUAGACUGAACAAUGCAACACAUUUUCAUCUUAUUGCUUAUUUGUCAAGCAAAGCUUGCUCAAAAGUGAAAUCUGCAGUAACAGAGCUCCCCGAACUGCUUGAUGUAGAGUUGUUAUCUAGACAUUUUAUUUGGCCUCAGAGUUUUGUCACCUAUCCGCCUGAUAGUGAUUAUAUUGGUCUUUAUUUUUUUCCUCAAUAUGAAAGAGAUGAGAUGAUCUUUGAUAGUGUGCUAAACGAUGCCAUUGAACAAGAUAAUGCUCUCAAAGCAAUCAUCAACAACCUGGAACUCUUCAUUUUUUCCUCGCAUCUGUUGCCUCCGGAUGAUAGACGAAUCUGCAAAAAGUAUUACAUGUGGGGUGUUUUCAAACCAAAGCCAAGGAAAUAG